UCCUUAGUGCGCCUGCGCGCCGCGGCGCCUGAGUGCAGUGAAAUUCCGUGAGGGGGGAGAAGCGAGAGAAGGGGGGGAAAAAGGGGGGAAAAGCGGAGGGAGAGGAAGAGCGAGGGGGGCGCGCGGCUCGAGCGGUCUCCCUUGCCCCCCCCCUCGUGAGGAGCGGCCGCUUUAAAAAAUAAAAUACAAUAAACUCUUCCUCAGGAGCCCCCCUCCCCCCUCCCCUUGCCCCUCUGAGGGACUCUGAGGUGCUGCUGUGGCGGCGGCCCCCGGCGGGCGUGAGGUGGGAGAGGGACGACGACGACGGCGACGACCCUUCGCCGGCUGGCUGGCUUCUGCCUCGAGCCCGGUGGUUAGCAGGAGGAACGCCGCCGCCGCCCCAGACUCCCUCCCCGGGCCCCGGCGGGGAGAAUGACGGAGCUCCAGUCCGCGCUGCUACUGCGGAGACAGCUGGCAGAGCUCAACAAAAACCCCGUGGAAGGCUUUUCAGCGGGCUUAAUAGACGAUAAUGAUCUCUAUCGAUGGGAAGUCCUUAUUAUUGGUCCUCCGGAUACACUAUAUGAAGGUGGUGUCUUCAAGGCUCAUCUUACUUUCCCAAAAGACUAUCCACUCAGGCCGCCAAAAAUGAAGUUUAUUACAGAAAUAUGGCAUCCAAAUGUUGACAAAAAUGGCGAUGUCUGUAUUUCCAUUCUUCACGAGCCUGGUGAAGACAAAUAUGGCUAUGAGAAACCCGAAGAACGCUGGCUUCCCAUCCAUACAGUGGAAACCAUCAUGAUUAGUGUAAUUUCUAUGCUGGCAGAUCCCAACGGCGACUCUCCUGCAAAUGUUGACGCAGCGAAAGAGUGGAGGGAAGAUAGAAAUGGAGAAUUCAAGAGGAAAGUCGCCCGCUGUGUAAGAAAAAGCCAAGAGACAGCUUUUGAGUGACAUUUAAUUCAGCAGCUAGUAGCUUCACUUUUUUCAGGGUCUCCAAUUGAGGAACGUGGCACUGUUUUUCCUGCACUCUACCCACCUAUUGCUGGACUUCUGUUUAUACCAAGUUGGCAGACACUGGCUGGAACUGGGCUGCAAUAAAACACGCCAGUUAUCAAUGCUGACAGAGCCUAACAAGUGCCAACCAAGAUUUGCGCAUUUUGAAAAACUAAUGGAACUGCUUUAACCUUCAGGAAGAAUUGUAAAGAUGUGUACAUAGCACAACGUGAUCCGGAUAAUAUAUAUACUGUUCAUGUACAUCCACAAAUACACAUUGUACCAAAUAAUGCUGUCUUGUAGUUAGGAUAAGUAAAGAAUCGUGUAAAUUCUAAAGAUUUUAGCAGGUUUUCUCCCCCCUUCAUGGUUUUCCUUAUCAGUCCUAAAACAAUUUCUCGUGAAGCAUGUUGGACUAAACAAAUUAGGAUUAAAAAAAAAUUCCGUUUUAACUUUUUUUCUCUGAGCCAUUAAUGCUUCAUUAAAAUCUUUCACUUUAAUAAAGUUUAAUACCUUUGUAAUCCUCUCCCUUCCCCUCAACUUUUUUCAGAGGUCCUUAACACAACCGUGAGAUCUACUCCUUGAUUCUAACAAUGACUCGAGCACUGUCAUCACCAAGAGGUGCAUUUCUUCUUCUGACGUUGUAGCCCUGUUGUGCACAUCUCUUGGACGGGGACGUAGCACUGAAACUGACAGCUGUGGAGCUCUCUCUCGAGCUCGAUAUAUUUCCCAAAGGGCUGAGCAGUUUUAGCUUUGGAAAUGGUUAGCCUGAUAUAGGAUGAGCUACUUUACUUUUGAUUUCUUGCCUGGUUUGGUUGGAUAAAUAAAAGCAUGCAGAUCUCUAGGCUUUCAAGUGAGUUUUGGUAUUAAAUGCUGUUUCUCUCACCCACAUGCUGCCCUUUCCCUUCUUAUUCCUUUACCCCCCCUCCCCCUCUGUAUUUCUUUGCCUUCUGAUCUUCUGCAGGUUUUCCUCACAAUGUAUAAAGAUAAAUUGCGAUGUAUAUUUUCAUGUAACUUGAUUUUGGAAUUCUGUCACCUUCUGUAGUGAGUUCUUCCAAAAUACAAUUUUUUCCAAUA